AUGGCUAUUCUGCAAGAGCAAAAUGAAGCUAUUGCUAUCAAACGGCAGCAGGCUAAGCAAAAAGAAAAGGUCCGAAGAAGCCGGCCAAAAAACCGUAAACAGGGGUUGGGAGGUGCUGCAAAAGUUAGUAUGCUAAAGUCUUUCAAAAAUAAGUUUAGGUUGGAUAUGUUGGGCCUGAUAGAAACAAAAAAAGAAUUAAUAACUAAAUUUGAUGUUGUGCGUAUCUGGGGAAGUGGCAGAACAUGUUGGGAGUCUGUAAGUUCUAUUGGGGCUUCUGGAGGGUUAUUGCUAAUAUGGGAUGAAGCGGCCUUUAAACUGUAUAACUGCUAUAAAGGGGACAGAUGGAUGUGUAUAGAAGGAGUUGUGGUAAAAGAUAACAUUCAUUGUGCUAUUUGCUUAGUAUAUGGACCGCAUGAAAGAGCUGAGAAGAUUUCCAUGUGGGAAGAAUUGAGUUAUAUUGCAGGAUUGUGUCAGGUGCCGCUCUGUAUUUUGGGGGAUUUUAAUGAAAUUUUGCAUUUAGAAGAAAGGAAAGGAGCGACUACAUUAUCAGCAUCUGUGGCAAAGUUUAGGACAUGGAUGAAUGAUAUAGAGUUGAUUGAUUUGGCACUGAAUGACCGAAAGUAUACAUGGUUUAGAGGACAAUCGUGCAGUCGUAUCGAUAGGAGCCUAGUCUCCUUGGGGUGGCUUGAUGUGUAUCCAGAGACGCGUCUAAGGAGUGGCCCGAGAGGCUUAGCGGAUCACUGCCCUUUGAUUAUGGAAGACAGCAGAAGAAUUGAGGGUCCAAGACCAUUCCGUAGCUUGAAUUCGUGGUUCAUGCAUGAAGGGUUCUUGAGAAUGGUCAAGGAAGAAUGGAGGGAACUAGGCGACGUACAAUUCUUACAAAAAAUGAAAGCACUGUCGGAACCACUAUGUAGAUGGCACAAGCAGCAUUUUGGGAAUAUGGCUGAGUGA